AUGUAUGAUAACCUCGGAAGCCAACCUGGGAUGCAACGCCCAACAAACGCACAGUCAACUCCAUUUGGGAAUUCAUUCUAUGGUGCUGGCUCGGGACUCAUUAGAGGUGGACUGGGUGCUUAUGGAGAGAAAAUCUUAGGAUCAAGCUCUGAGUAUGUUCAAAGCAAUAUAAGUAGGUAUUUCUCUGAUCCCCAAUACUAUUUCCAAGUUAAUGAUCAGUACGUGAGAAACAAAUUGAAGGUGGUUCUUCUCCCAUUCCUGCACAGGGGUCAUUGGACGAGGAUCACUGAGCCAGUUGGAGGCAGGCUUUCCUAUAAGCCGCCAAUCUAUGAUAUAAAUGCGCCAGACUUGUACAUUCCAUUCAUGGCAUUUGGCACCUAUGUGGUUCUUUCUGGCUUCUCUCUAGGCCUUAAUGGAAAGUUUAGCCCAGAAGCUCUGAACUGGCUGUUCAUCAAGGGUUUGGUAGGCUGGUUUUUGCAAGUUUCACUGCUGAAGAUGUCAUUGUUUUCAUUGGGUAGUGGGGAGGCACCAUUGUUGGAUAUUGUGGCAUAUGCCGGGUAUAUGUUCACAGGAUUAUGUAUAGCUGUUCUGGGGAAAAUCAUGUUGAGCUACUCGUACUACUUCUUGAUGCCAUGGACGUGUUUAUGCAUGGGAGUUUUUCUGGUGAAGACGAUGAAGAGAGUUCUUUUUGCAGAGGCCGUCAAAAUUGUGGGGGUGGUAAUCGAAUCGAGUGGAGUUUUGUGAGCUUGAAUCCAAGUUUGGCGAGCUUAUUUUUUUAAAUGAGUUUAAAAAAUUGUUCAAAUUUGGUUUGUUUAGAACUCGAGUUGAGUCUUAGUCCGGGUCGAGGCCGAAUAGUUCGACUAUUUUAUAUGUAAACGAGUUGAGGUUGAGUCAAGUUUUUUUGGCUUGUUUUUUUAAAUGAAUUUAAAACACUGUUUAAGC